UCAAUAAGAUUCAUGGUUAAUAAGAAACACUUGGUCUUGAGGAAUAACUAGGGGAAAGAGAAAGUCUCCGACCACCAAAGCGGACGAAAACAAUGUCGUUUAACAGCUCCCACCUCCUUCCUCCGCAAGAAGACCUUCCUCUCCGACACUUCUCCGAUCAAUCACAGCAUCCGCCGCAGCGUCACUUUUCCGAAACACCGUCGCUUCUCACCGCAAGUUUCCUCAACCUCCCUUCCACCGCAGCCACGACGGCGGAAUCCAAUUUUGCGCCUCCGCUUCGCAACGGAGACAGCUCAGCUGCUGAUACAACAAGACGGUGGCUCUACUUCCAAACGGAGAUCCAAAACACCGGAGAAGGCCGUCCAGAAGUCACCGACGGAGUCAACGCCGAUGGUGAAACGAUACACGGCGUUGUCGGUGGUGAUGGAGGUGAAGAUUGGAGGAGCGCUAGCUACAAAGCUGCGAUUUUGAGACAUCCGAUGUACGAGCAGCUUCUGGCGGCUCACGUGGCUUGCCUUAGGGUUGCGACUCCCGUUGACCAGAUUCCGAGGAUCGAUGCGCAGCUCAGUCAGUUGCACACCGUCGCCGCAAAGUACUCCACUCUUGGUGUGGUUGAGGACAACAAGGAACUUGAUCAUUUCAUGUCACAUUACGUUGUGCUGUUAUGUUCAUUUAAAGAACAACUCCAACACCACGUUUGUGUCCAUGCAAUGGAAGCAAUUACGGCUUGUUGGGAAAUCGAGCAAUCACUGCAAUCCAUAACGGGAGUUUCGCCAAGUGAAAAUAAUGGCAAGACGAUGUCGGAUGAUGAAGAUGGUAAUCAAGUAGAGAGCGAGGUGAACAUGUUUGAUGGAAGUUUGGACGGCUCAGAUUGCUUGAUGGGAUUCGGUCCUCUUGUUCCAACCGAGCGCGAGAGAUCCUUGAUGGAACGUGUGAAGAAGGAACUUAAGCAUGAGCUUAAACAGGGUUUCAAAGAGAAGAUUGAGGACAUAAGAGAAGAGAUAAUGAGGAAGAGAAGGGCGGGAAAGUUGCCAGGAGAUACAACUUCUGUACUCAAAGAGUGGUGGAGAACUCACUCCAAAUGGCCAUACCCAACUGAAGAAGAUAAGGCAAAACUGGUUCAAGAAACCGGUUUGCAGUUGAAACAGAUCAACAAUUGGUUCAUCAACCAGAGGAAAAGAAACUGGAACAACAACUCUUCCACAUCAUCUACACUCUCCAAGAGCAAACGCAAACGGACUGGGAAGUAGUAGGUGACAUUCCUGUUGAACAGAGGAAGAUGCUUUGCCACGUGAAUUCAAGGGAACCGAAUGGAAGACACGCUUUCUCCUCCGGUUAUAUGAUCGUAAAGAUUGCAAUAUGUAUAGGUGUAACCGGUUUGCCUACAAAACCGGAUUCUGGAGCUGUAUUCUUGUUUGUAUCAAAAUCAGUGUUGAUAUAUGUGUAUAUAUACAGUAGUUAUUGGAAGUUAUCUCUUUCGUUGGUUUGCGUCUUGUAAAGAACGCUUUAUCGGUAUUCUGAAACAAAAACGUAAUUUUUUUUGGGUAUAAA